ACACAUGCUUGGGGGUUAUUUAGGAUUUUGAUUGAUAUAACAAUUGAUUGACGGAACAGCUAUCCAAUGAGCUGACGACUCGAGACGAUCCGUUACUUGUAUAACGGUGUUUGUUUUACAUUUACUCACAAUUACCGUGUAGGCUAAACAAAACACGCGAGCCCACAAAUAUUGAGUAAGUACCGCCCCAAUGUUUACAAUGGACCACUUCACGAUGGUAAACAGUGCUGCUCCGCACAGGAAUAAGUACGUAAGGUGCUAAGCUGAUGGAUAUUAUGGGCCGUACCACACACUGCAGCACAGCAGAUUUCAGUGAAUGCAAGCUUGCCAUCUCAUAGACGUACACGUGUAGUUGAUACGUCUCGCACGCGUAAAGUUAAUAUCUGACAGAUUGGAUGAUCGCGCGUAAGAGAUCAUCGCACCUCACCCGGAAGUGGUCGUCACGGACUGUUGACUGCCGAGGUUUUGUUGUCACACUGAACUCGGGAAGGUGAGAGGUUAAAAGAUGAUGGUCUGCAACAUACUACCUGUGUGCGAACACGGCAGGACGUGUGUGUUUCCUUAAUGCCGGACAGAGUAAGUAGGGUGCCAUGGCCCCUAUUGGAGUGACACUCGGGGGUACGGGCCUUUUUGGUCACACCUGUGCAGUUUUCAUUGUGUCUGCUCUUUUGUGUAUUGCGCGAUCAGAGACGUCGUUGGAGAAAAGCGACAUACUCAUUGUCAACACUGGGAUACAGGUCCCCUUCGGACGGGCCGUUUAUGUGGACCCUGUCAGCGAGUUACGACUAUCAGUGAGGCCUGGCCACAGGUGUGUUGUUACCGUACUGGACAAUGACCCCUUGUCCCAGCGGCCGGGGAAGCUUCUACCAUCCGAUCAUUUCCCGUGUACGUUUGGCCCGAGGGACGUGCAAUACACACACUUUGGAGCACGUGUCCCCGUGGAGGAUACCGUCAGGCUACUUCUCAGGUACGACUCUGAUACAGAAUCUCAUAUAAUUCCAUUCACAAUUCACGUAACUGUCAUCUUUGUACAACUUCAGGUUCUCACAAAUAACAUGCCGCUAUCGGCCUCGGUGGAUGCACCAUCUAACUCAAUCAACAGAAAAAAUACAGAGUUAACCUAUGACAGAGCUAAUCAAGUGUGUCGAAUAACUGUCAUAGGGCCUUCGAGUGGACUACCAAGGUUUGGAAUAGUCUCCAACGGUACAACCGUACUGAGCGAUAUCGAAUGUGAUAGAUUUCUACAAAUGGGAAUAAAAUACAGAUACUCCAACAAAAAUAACUCCCCGAACAAAGAUUAUAUUCCAAUGGUUGUUGAGUUAUUAGAUGAAGAUGGAGCUAUAAUGAAACAAGAAUAUUUCCAUAAAGUGGUUAUGGUGACUGGGGCCAGGACAAAUCGUAAGCCUCGUCCAUCUUAUAAUGCAUUCCUAGUCAUGGAGGUGAGUAAUGGCAAUGCUAUUGACCAAUUUGUGAUGACAGCGAUUCCUCCAGCUGUUUUAGCAGCAGAGGAUUUAGAAACACCAAUGGAAUUACUAGUCUUCAAUAUUACAGCACCUCUUGGACCUGGGGAAGGUCAGAUUGUAAGUACCGACGAUCGAGAUCAACCCAUUCAUUCGUUUUAUCAAAGAGAUGUUUUAGAUCUGAAAAUAGCUUAUAAACCUCCGUCCAUGGACUCGAAUGCACCCCGCACAUUUACAGUAGAAUUCCAGGUCCUGGAUUCGGACGGAGCUAAAUCCGACCCAUUUCCGUUAAUAAUUGUGGUGAAUCCAAUGAACACUAUGGCCCCUGUUGUCACUCUCAAUACAGGGAUACAGCUUUUUGAAGGCCAAUCUAGACAGCUUCUUAGUUCUCAAAAUCUCAGAAUUUCAGAUGAGAAUAAUUUAGAAAAAGUAAAAAUAUUCAAAGCAGAUGGUGCAAGACAUGGUGAAUUGAUAAUACCCGGUAACAGAGAAUAUUUCACGCCCGAUGAUUUAGAUAACGGUCGAGUAGUUUAUCAACAUGACCAUAGCGACACCAACAGUGACAAUAUUGUGCUUAGGAUGACCGAUGGUCAACACCAUGUAGAAUUUCUCUUCCCUAUCACAAUUUACCCUGAAGAUGACGAGCCACCUUUUGUAACUAGUAACACUGGCUUAGAAAUCUAUAAAAAUCAGUUAGCUGAAAUCUCGCAAUUCAAACUAAGUGCGACAGAUAUUGAUAGUGAUGAUUCCGAGAUUAACUUUAUACUGGAGCCUCCUUAUUCCAAAAACGGUAAAAUCAUGGUGAGACAAUUUCAAGUUCCGAAAGACCCACAGAACUGGCUAUAUAAUAACGGUGUAUACGAAAAAGUAGUGAACCAAUUUACACAGCAGGAUAUCCUAGACGGAAAAGUCUUUUAUAAACACACAGCCACGCCACAAUCAACUUACGUUACGGACAACAUCAAGUUCAGUCUUGAGGACAGACAUGUUCCGCCAAACAGAUCUCACCAACCAUACACGUUCGUGGUCCAAAUCCUUCCGUUGGAUGAUCAACCUCCGCAUCAACAUCCUAACACUAAACUGAAGAUGAGAGUAGAAGAGUUCCAAAUGACGACAAUCAAACGAAAACAGCUACGAUAUACCGACAUAGACACUAAUGAUCGGCAGUUGCAAUACAGAGUAACUUCCCCUUUAUUUGAUACCGAUCGGAACACUCCUUUAAGUGCCGGUAACAUCGUUCUUUGUGAAAAUCCUGGUGUUCCGAUUACAACCUUUACGCAAUCCCAGGUAAAUCAUCAGAAAGUUUGCUAUCAGCCACCAAGCGCUGAACUCGGGAUCACAGCAAGAAUUAUCCAGUUUGGAUUUUCUGUGAAGGAUACUAAUGGGAACGUCCUUCCAGAUCAACGCUUCACAAUCACACUUCAACCUAUUGACAACCAGCCGCCGCGGGUAACGAACACUGGAGCAACCGUUUUAGAAAACGGAGAGGUGACCUUGACCCAACAAAACCUAAACGUUGUUGACCCAGAUACAGAUGAUGAAGAUAUUCAUUUUAUUGUGUCGACAUUACCAGACUAUGGUGAGAUCAGGAAAGGAGAACAGACACUUGUUGUGGGAGACUCAUUUAACAAACAAGAUAUCAACCGACGAAGGAUUGUGUAUGUUAAUUCAGGGGAAGAAGCGGAGAGAGACAGCUUUACGUUAGAGUUAAGUGAUGGCGCCCACCUCAUUCCUGUCGCAUUUACGUUAAAUAUACGCUCUGUUGACGAUGAAGCCCCCGUUCUUACAGGAACUCUGUCGAACAUCCUUGAGAUUGAUUUGGAGGUCAAUGAAGGUCAAUUGGUAACCCUGGCAGCUGAUCGGCUCCGAGCAUCUGAUCCGGAUUCUGAUGACAGUACUUUGAUAUUUAUGAUAGAAAAUGCUCCGACGCAGGGAGUAAUUUUGAAUUCGGGACAAAGGGCCUCCGAUUUUACCCAACAGAAUCUACAGGAUGGUGUUGUUCAAUACCAACACCUGCGAGGGGAAGUCGGGGCAGUUCCAAGUCGGGAUCAGUUCUCACUUGUACUGUCAGAUCAGUCAAGAAAUUUUAUGGUGGAAGGAAACAGAGUGGCAGAAAUUGAGGUGGUGGUCAAUAUCAUGCCUGUCGACAAUCAGCCCCCGAACGUCUUGUUGGGCGCUCAGUUUGGAGUUCUAGAGGGAGAGAAGGAGGCGUUGCUUCCUCGUCACCUAGAUGCUAUGGAUGAGGAUUCAGCCGAUGAAAAAUUACAGUGUACAGUACUUGUCCAGCCCCAGUUUGGCUACAUAGAAAAUACGUCCCCUGCCCCAGGGUCAGAAAAAUCUAGGGUAGGGAUACCGGUGACCUCGUUUUUCAUCAAAGAGCUUCGUGUUGGUAAUGUGAACUAUGUACAGAGUAUUCAUCAGGGUGUUGAGGAGUAUCGUGAUGGUUUUAUAUUUUAUUGUUCCGACGGUAUCAACUCCUCUCCGGACUUAAACUUCAGUGUCUCGAUUUACCCGACAAACGAUGAGCCACCGCAAGUCUUUGAUAGAGAAUUCGUAGUGAUGGAAGGCUUAGAAAUGAAAAUUGACACUCCCAUCUUGACGGCUGUCGAUCAGGAUGUCCCACCCGAUGAAAUUAUCUUCAUCGUGACAGUUCCUCCGCAACAUGGUCAAAUUUUACAGCAGCGUGGCUUGGCCGGUACAUUUCCUGUGAACCGAUUCUCCAUGACAGAUAUUGACGGCUCGUCAAACAUUAUGUACAAACACGAUGAUACAGAAACAACGGAGGAUGCAUUUGAAUUUGUGGCAACUGAUGGAAGAUUUAAUGUUUCUAAGAGAAUACCGAUAGCAAUCAUUCCUGUAGACGACGAAACACCACGAUUAUCGAUUAAUAAUGGAUUAGAAAUUGAAACGAUCGGGGAGAAGAAAAUGAUUUCCAAUUCGGUCCUCAGAGCAGAAGACUUGGAUUCUCCCGAUUUGAAUAUCACCUUCAUUAUUCGCCGCAUUCCAAAGCAAGGAAUGUUACUUUUGGAUAGGGUCGGAUUACCAGAACAAAACUUAACAUUGGGGUCAAAGUUCACUCAGUAUGAUAUUGACAAUCAAUGUGUGUUCUACAUUCACACCGGCUUGGAAGGUAGAAGGGACAUCAUAAAAUUUGAGAUCACGGAUGGCUUGAAUCCUCUCGUUGACCGAUAUUUCUACGUCACCGUCGCUGGGUUGGACCAUAUUUACCCAGAAGUCAUCAAUAAAGGCGUACGAUUACCAGAAGGAGGCUCUGUUGUCUUGACGACCGAUAUCAUCAGUGGUAGAGAUUCGAACUCUCCUGACGCAGAACUCUUAUUUACUGUCACUAACGUUCCUCAACAUGGCUAUCUGGAAAAUCUCGAUAAUCCGGGCGUUCCUAUUACUUCAUUCACACAGUUGGAUUUGGCUGGUUACAAAAUCCGCUACACCCACACCAGUAAAAGUGAAGUCAAAAUGGAUCGGUUUGAAUUUGAGGUCACGGACGGUAAUAAUCCCGUAACCAGGAUGUUCCGUAUAGCUCUGACAGAUGUCGACAACAAAAAACCAGUGCUUAUGUUUGGGACCCUUCCUGUCAUGGAGGGAGCUAACAAACUUAUCACGCCCUUCGAACUAAAGGCCAUUGACAAGGAUACCCCAAGUCACAGUAUCGAAUAUACUCUUACACAAAUUCCCCUGCAUGGAAAUAUUUUGUAUGAUCACUCGCGGAUCGUUACGACAUUUACACAGGAGGACAUUGAAUUGAACAAAAUCAGUUACCAACAUGACGGUUCGGAGACACUAUCCGAUAGUAUUUCUUUCACCGUGACGGAUGGCACGCACAGCGAUUUUUAUAUCUUUCUGGAUACGGAGCGGCCACUUCGUCACCCACAAACCCUCCCUAUUGAGAUACUUCCCGUGGAUAAUGCCGUGCCACAUCUCACUGUUAACCUCGGUGCCACGUCCCUAUCCCCUAUAGAGGGAGGGGGCUGGGGGUUCACAUUUGAUAGUAACGUUCUACAGUGCGAUGAUAGAGACAGCUCUUCGGACAAUCUAGUGUAUAAACUGACCGUUUAUCCUCAGUGGGGUCAACUGGUACACCUGGGAAAAGAUCAAAGAAACAUCUCGACAUGGACACAAGUUGACAUUGACCAACGUCAGAUCCGAUACGUUCUUAACGAGGGAGCUACCGUCACUAACGAUAUCUUCUUCUUCAAAGUCACAGACCAAGGUGGUAACGAGCUUUCCAAUCAACCAUUUCACCUGAACUGGUGUUGGAUAUCCUUCAGCAGCGACCAAUACAAGGUAAACGAGACACAGGAAAUAUUCGGGGUCACGCUCCAGCGCACAGGCUACCUCGGGGAAACAUCCUUCGUCACUAUCACCGCAAAGAAUGGCACAGCUAGGAUCGGCGAGGACAUCAGAGACUGGUUCACACCACAAGUCCAGUUCAACCCAGGUCAAAAGGUCAAGACUUGGCGACUUCAUCUUCAAGAUGACAGCAAGUUUGAAGGUUCAGAGAAGUUCACACUUCAGCUCAGCAACCCUGUCAUGGCCGCUCUUCAACUUCCUGUUGUAUCCGUGGUAACCAUCCAGGAUCUCGAAGAUGAGUCGGUGGUGUUUUUCCCGGAGCAGAAGUUAAACGUGGCGGAGAACAUCGGAGAAGUAUUGUUACCUGUCCAUCGUACCGGUGAUCUGACUAACGAGCUUAUGGUCAUCUGUGCUACUAGUCCAGGGUCUGCCUCAGGAACCCCUCUGAUGCCCAAUUACCCUGCCACAGAGGUCACGUCGGGAUCGGACUAUAUUUCACGGCCGAUCCAUCACUCCAGUAUAAUCCGGUUUGACCACAGUCAGCACGAACAGUACUGUAAAGUGACCAUCAUCGAUGACUCGCUGUACGAGUGGGAGGAAUCUUUCAAGGUCAUACUGACAGACUCAUUUGGAGGUCGCCUUGGAAAUACCAGUGACAUGGUGGUCCUCAUUGAACCAGACCCUGACGAUGAACCUGUGUUCCACUUUGAGCAUGCCCAGUAUACAGUUGAUGAAAGUCAAAGAGAGGCUGAGGUCGUGGUUUUGCGUACCGGAACUGACCUUAGCAGUCCUUCAAGUGUGAUAGUGCGGUCACGACGAACUGACCCAAAGUCUGCUGAGGCUGGAUUUGACUACAUAGCUGUGAGUGAAAUUCUCGACUUCGCUCCCGGGGUGUCUCAGAACACACUAAGGAUCCGGAUUCUGGAUGACCUUGGCCGACCUUCAUUAGAGGGUCCAGAGUCCUUCCUAGUCGUACUACGGAUGCCGAUGGGGGCCAGUCUAGGGUCACCAAGUACAGCUUCUAUCACCAUCGACGACUCACAGUCUGAUCGACCCUCCAUGCAGUUUAAAGAGGUGCAGUACUUUGGUAGUGAAGAGGAGAGGAGGGUUACAGCUGUCAUCGUCCGUCACGGGGAUAUCAGUCACGGGUCAAGUGUUCGAUGUUAUACUAGACAGGGGUCAGCUAAGGUCAGUCUGGACUUCAUAGAGCGGCCGGACACUGAUGCUUCCCUGGUCAUCUUCAGACCAGGUGAGAGAGAAAAGCCAUGUGUGGUCAACAUUGUGGAUGAUGAUAAAUUUGAAGUGACAGAAGAGUUCCGAUUAGUCCUGGGCAGUCCAAACAGUGUAACAGCCGGCGGGGCCAACAUCGGUCUCCAGAACGACACCGUUAUCAAAAUUACAGACGCCGGGGAUAAGCCCGUGAUCAGGUUUGCCGAUGACCAGUUCGUAGUGAAUGAGCCGAUCUUUAAAGAGGACAUAUCUAGACUAACCAUUCCCGUCGUCAGAUCUGGUGACCUCUCGGAGAGGUCGGAGGUCAGAGUGUUCACCAAGGAUGGGUCAGCGAGGGCUGGACAAGACUACAACGGUUUUUCUAGAGUGCUGGUGUUUGAGGAAGGGAUGUCACGUUUGGAUGUCGAAGUGGAGAUCCUGUUUGAUGAUAUGAAAGAGAAUCGAGAAGUUUUCACAGUACAUCUACGUGCGAAUCACAACAUGGUGGCUGAAGUCAGGAGGAACGCCAAGGCCAUGGUGUAUGUGGAGGAGAACAAGAAGAUCAUGGACGUUGUGUUCCCGACCCUCCCCAUCGUCGUGUCCCUGAGGGAUUAUGACGAUCCCCUCGGUAACAGUGACGACCCUGUUCACGGAUACCCGGUCAUCUGCAUAACACCCUGUAACCCCAAACACCCAGACUUCGCCACAACAGGAACACUGUGUCAAUCUCAGGAAAUCAACGACACACUCACCAAGUUCAACUGGAGAGUGGCUCCCCCUAGUGGCCCUGAUGGUGUCACCAAACCUCUCAGACAACUGGAGACAUCAACGUUUUUCGCUUCCACAAGGGGGAUAACCCUAGACAGCAUCUACUUCAAUAGAGGAAGUAAAGUCCAGUGCCUGGCUCGGGCAGUGAACUUUGACGGUGACCCAGGACGAGAGAUUGAGAGUACCCCAAUCACAAUUAGUACUGACGAGGGACUCUGUCCUCCAAGGAAUCCAGCCUCUAUCGGAUCAGAGCCAUUUAGCAGUCGUCUUCGAUAUCUAGGUGCUAAUGACCCAGUCCACCCUAACAUGGUUCAAGUUACCAUAACGAUUCCCCACCACGAUGGACUACUUCCUGUGCUGUCAACACACCAGCUUUCAAACUUUGAAUUCAUACUUACCCAUAAUGCACUGCGUGUGGCCCAACACAAGUGUUCCAACCUGCUGGACAUCAGUGACCUUCAGGUGACCUCUGGAUUCGGUUUUGUUUCCAAUAGUACUAGGAACCAUAACUCGCUUGGACUAGAACCGUACCAAUUUAGCUCAACUCUGAGGGGCGAUUCAACUCUGAGGUUCUACAGGAGUCUAGACCUGGAAUCCUGUCUCUGGGAGUUUGAUGGCUAUUUCGACAUGUCAGAGCUCGUGUCUGUGUGUGGAGGGGAAAUCUCGACAGAUGGCCAGCCAAUCGACUUGAAGCAGUCCAGAGUGACCAUGUUCGUUCCGUUGUACGUGUCGUACAUUUUCCAUGCUGAGGCCGGAGGAUGGACAGCUGUCAAUAUGCAGACAGAUCUCGAGCUUAGUUUCGUUUACGACACAGCCAUCUUAUGGCAAAAUGGAAUAAACACAGCAACCAAGUCGAAAUUCGGAGGAUCCUUGUACCCCACCAGUCUGCGUAUCCAAGACGAUAAACGACUCUUAGUGACGAUUAGGACGACGCCCAACUUUAGGGGCCAGUUUGUCCCUAGUAAUUCAGGCACUGGAGUUGUAUCCAUGGUUACCUCACCAGAUCACCCAGAUAUGACCUUCACCUUGACCCUUGUCAGAAGUGACCCGACCUUUGACCAACCCAAUCAGCUGUGGCAGUUUGAGUCAGAUUUUGCAGUGAAGGACUACUCAGGACUUUACCAUGUGGCUCUGAUUCCCUGCACCGCUGCAAUUACACAGCCCUACACACUCCCUCCUGUCUGUAACCCCACUGACCCCAUCACCUUUGACCUCCCAAUCAGAUUUCAGCAGACCAGUGACCCUGUUCCUUCACAAUACUCACUCAACACCGACUUCCGUCUCUUCAACAAGCGAUCACUGUGGCUGUCCCCCGACACUCCUACACUGGGUGACAAGUCAAACACCGCCUUUUCUCCAGGAGAUACGAUAUAUGGCCGAUUAGACGUCGACCCUGUCCAGACCUUGGGGGCAGAGUUUGACCUCGGUCUGGAAAAAAUCUUUGUGUGCUCCGGUAAAGAUGGUUACAUCCCGAAGUACGCCCCUACGAAGGGAGAGUAUGGCUGUAUGGGGGAAUCCAAAAACCUCGAGCACAGGUUCAAAAUUUUGGACCUCAGGGAUCCACACACAGUGGACGAAAGCUUCGAUGGCAUUCCAUUCAAUGCGAGGAUGGCCAAGGGCGAUCCGAGUGCCAGAGAUCUCCUCCGCCAGCCAGGGGCAGACGGCUUCUCAGUCGACACCAAGCCUCUUUUUCAAGUGGAUCCCGGAAGGAUGUGGUUUCUCCAUGCAGUGUUCUCCAUGGGAUCCAAUGACAACUCUGUACAGAAGCGAAGUGUAACAUAUCAUUCCAGUUCUGCUCGGGAGGUCAUAGGUCGCGUGAAGCGCACGGAGACCCCAGAACAAGGCACAAACAUGGUGCAGAUCGUAUUUAGUGAAGUACCCCAGGGAGAUAGCGCUCUGGGGUCGUACGAGGUGUCGGAAAACGGACGCGACACACCCUCGAUCAUGUACAUUCUCGUAGGCAUUUGUCUGUUGCUUCUCAUCUGCGUUAUCCUCCUCAUCGUCUUCAUCAGGCGGCGCCACAAACACUCAUCGCCACCUCCUACUCCAACCAAUACUCUCACUGUGGUGUCGCGAGACGGCACCACCAGUGUACUUUUCCUGUCGGAGAAACAAAAGAUGGCCGAACAGGAUCGGACAGAGGUGUGACAAAAGCUAAUACUCGAUAUGUUCCAAAGCUGUGAUCAUGUGACAUUAUUUAUUUCUUAGUCCUGUUUAUUUGUUAAAUCUGCUCAUAUCGUUAGCAUCAAACACUGCUUUAGGUGAUGUUAUACUGAGGAUAUUUUUUUCCUGUGAUUGUGGUUUUGUCCCUUGUAUGUGUUAGCACAGGUGCCCCCGUCUUGCAAAACCAAAACUUUCAAAUUGUUUUUAUUGAUUUGAACAUUUUUUUUUUUUUACAGAUCAGUUUAUUCCUCAAUGUGGGAGCAUUUUAUCUGAAAAUGUGCAAAAUUGAGGAAACUGCUUUUUUUUCAUAAAGCAAAGGUUGUUUUUUUAACCCUUGCACCCCUACUGACCAUAUUGGACUUCAAAUUAUGAAAGAAUGGCAGAGUCCACUAAAGUUUCUUAGGGUUGAAAGGGUUAAUGAGUGUGUAAGGGUAGUAUAAAUCACUGACCCAAAUGGAAAUUUCAAACAAAUUUUCAGAUCUGCAGAAAAUGUAAAGUUAUGAGCAGAACAUUAUUUAAACUUGCUUGUAGCCUGCCAGUAUUGUUUUAAAAUAAUCAGCUUUAAAUUGUUAUCAUCAUAUAGCCAUAUCGCACAUUUAAACAUUCAGAAAUAUUUACAAAACAUCGCUGAAAAUUUAUUUUAUUCCAAACAGCAUAUCAUGGAGACGAGUGGUGUUAUAUAAAGCGUUUGGUGUUAAGUUGUAGUGUAUCAUAUAAUAUAUGUGCUUGCCUUUGUAUUUGUUAUUGACCUUGACCUUGACCUUUGACCUCAGACUGAGGUUUCAUUCCUUGUGCCCAGAUGACACUUUUCUUCCAUUUGCUGUUUUUGCCCAAUAUUGCCAUAAUGAGAAACGUCAAUCAAAUACUAUAUAUACAGUUCCCUUUCAAUAAAUAUUUGUUUAUUUAGAAGACAAUCGCCUGUUUAGAUUUCCUGAGAUUAUUCUUAAGUGGAUAGUGUAAAGUUAGACACAAGUUGUCAGUGCAGUGUUACUUAACAUAAUGAGACAUGAAAAACAGAAAUAUAGGUUGUUUUGACAUAGAAUAAAGGUCGCUGUGACUUAAAGGUCGUUGUGAGGUAAAGGUCGUGACUGUUUCGAUUUCUAUAGCUUUAGAUUGUGCCGUCUUCCAAAGAAUGUUUACGAUGUUUGUUUUUAGUGAUGUUGCUCACUUGUGAUGCUGUUUUGUGCCGUCUACAUAUUACUGUUGUUUCUCGAGGGAAACACAUUCUGUGCUAUAUAUACCAGAAUAUCAAGCCGUUCCUUGUUGUAUAUAUCGAUAUUGUGUAUCAAGGGAGAUAACUCUGAAACAAUUUUUCUCGAGUGAAAAUUUUGUUCCUUUUUGUGAGGUAGCCUUACUACAGUGUCAAAGGUUUGUAAAUGGCUUUGCCAAAUUCCAUUUUGUAUCCAUAUAAUAUAUAUUUAUAAACUGUAUGCUGCGGACGUGUGACGCCAUUGUGAUGAUGUAUAUAACGAUUUAAUCAAUGUAUUUAUUUACUGUGUCGUGUGACGUUGUGUGACGUUGUGUGACGUCGUUGACGUGCGAGGUUGAUGAGAGUAACAAAUCAGUCGAAGAAAAAAAGACAUGUCAGCCGUGGUUUACUUAAAACACAUUCUACACAAUGAAAGUCGGUAUUUAUUUACUUCCGAGUGUAACGUGUAUGGUAUUUACUUGUAUAGAAUGUUUCAAGUAUCCAGCAAUUUUCUCCCAAAAACUGCUGCUUUCGCUUCAACUACAGCAAAGAACUUUCCUGGAUUGUUUUAAAACAAUGUGGAUCUCAAUCGUCAGAACUCAUGUACCCGAUAUUUGUAAAUUUUUCUUUUGUUUUUGUUUGAAUGGUUUGUGACUAGUUUUUAAAACAAAGCAUUUUGACAAUAAUUUGUUGAUGCUCAACUUAGAAUAUUAUGAUACAACUGUGUAAAAGCGGCGUGUUUGAGAUCACCUUGCUAGCUCAGGCUGGUAGAAAUUUCCUUUUUUAAUAGCCAAUAGUGGUAGAAUGUUUCUUCAAGGGCAAGCGGUCGGUAGUUCAAAUCCCAGCUUGGGUUCCUAUUACUGUGGUAUAUUAAUGCUUGUCAGUCUCGGGACUAAAUCUGGACAAUACGCAAUUCAACACAAGUUGGAUUUUGUUGUUGUCGAUGUUAAUGCUUUACAAUCUCAAUUUUUCCCCCAAAAACAUGCAGGCAUUGAUCUGAAUUUUGAUAGAAAAUUAUUUCGUAAAAAUUUGAAGGUUAGAUUCUAGAUAUUUCAGUUGUAACUCAGUUUUUGCGACUAUUUAUUUACCAAUAUAGAUUACGCUCGUACCGAGAAAUGUCAUUAUUUUGAUAAGAUUGUUUAUACUUUUAUAGACGCGAAUACCUGUGUGUUGUACGUGUGAAAUUGUUGAUGUUCUUUUUUGCAAUAUGAUUGUGCCAAUACAACUAACCAAGUUACCUCCCCUUCUCUUGUUUUUGUUGUAACCAUGGCAACACUUGUUGUCUAGAUGUUUCAUUACAGAUUUUUUUUACACGGGCAUCCUGAAUUUGAUGUAAUAGAAAAUACUCAUUAAUAGAUCUCCACGGGAAUUUAACCAGUAGUCAAAACCUACAAAUGAAUGCUUUGUUGUAGAAUAUGGUCAAUUUUUAUUUCACUUACGAGAAAUAUAUGGUUUUUGUGCCUUACCCAUUAUUCGGAAGAGAAAUAUUGUUAUCUAGUUUCAGGGAUUUUCUUUUUAUAACUGUAUUUUUCUAAAAAAUAGUCAAGCUUGUGUUUUUAUUAUGUAAUUAUUACAGGACGAGGAACCUGCUGUUUUGUAAUAUAAUUAGAAAAUCGAAAAUUUUUACAUCACCAUGCAGUGGUGAAGACUAUAUGCACAAACAGAAAAAUUUGUAAAAAUUUAAUUUUAUAGAAUUAUUUUGAAAAAUGUAAUGGACAAUGUGGUAUGGUGGCCAUGUUUUGUUUAUUUGUUUACUCUUUAUCUCCAUCCCCUCAUCUUUCUCCCUCCUUCCUUCCCUCCCUCUUCAGCCUACUGUUAGCCCUGCUGAGAAAGGGUUAUUCCUAUAUUUAUCCGGCAAUAAGCCCAUGUCUAGUAAUAAGCCCUGUUGUAAAUCAGUGAAAAUGCUACCAGAGGCUUAUUUAUUGUCCUGCAAUAAGCGCACUCGCUACUUGGAGUAAAAUUGUACUCCAUAGGCUUAUUACGGGCUAGAUAUAUGAAGAAGAUAGAAUUCUGGCCUUGUUUUGAUCAAAUGUAUGAUAAGCAAAACAUUUGUUUUCUUUUUACAGUGUGUGCUAAUAAAAGAGAUGACACCAGUUUCAAAAUCAUGAUCGCUAAUGCAAGGUGUUAACAGAAUUUAUAUUACGCAAUUAAAUUAUUUGAUAUAAAAUUUCGGUUUUAUUUUAAUUAUUCUGUACUUUUCCUAUAGAAAUGUCUUUUUCUUUCCUAUUUAUGUAAAUAAAUAUUAUUUCCGCCCCAUCAAGAGUUUCUUCAUAAACGUUGUAUGUUUAUAUAGCUACUGUGACGCAGUUUGAAGGUCAUGUUACGACAGCGAUAUGAUGUUAAUAUUGGCACAAUCCAAGCUCUGCCAGUCGUUAUCAAACACGUGUUAUGCAAUUUAUGUAAAGGCGUUAUGAAAUUGAUAAUAUGUGGUAU